AAAAUUGUAUCAUUUCAUCCUUUCACGUCUAAACGGCAACACAACCCGAGCAGCGACAUAAGUGGUAGAGCGGUGCGCUUUUUUCGUACGAUCCCGUUAUUGUUGUGUGUGGAUUGAUUAAUAUCGUUUAGUUUAUUACGAACCAAAAAUAGAAUUGGAUUUAAAAGAGAAAGUGCAUUCGACGAAAAGUGUGCAAGUUCAAAGGUUAAGUUCACAGUUUCGAAAAAUCGAAAGCCAAAAGUUACGCAAAAAGUCAAAACGGACUUAAAAACAUAAACAAAUAAGACAAAAGUGUUUGAAAAAAUGUCACAAAUUAAAGCAGCUAUCGGUGUUUUGUGUUUGAUCACAGUUGCUGCCGCACUUCCCGCCGAGGAGACACGCGGUCAUGCGCGCAAUGCAGUUAGCGGGGACAAUGACAUCAUGGAUAGCAUCUACAGCGAUUGCUUGCGAAAGGAUUCGGUGUCUUGUGUCAAAUAUAAGCUCUUCAAUUUCGUCGACAAAGUGCUCUCCGCUCGCGAGCAGUUCUCGCUGACCGAAGGUGUAACGGUAGUGCGUUCGCCCGAUGCACCUGCCACCGAAGCUGCACGCUCCAUCUCUGGCGACGAAUCAUUCGAGUCGUUGGCACUCAACCGCAUUUCAAGCUUCUUAAACACCCACACCAUUAAGGUCGAAUUGAAGGGUGCGGAUAUUGUGCAGGCGGUCAGCUCAACUGGACGUGCGCUCGAAGAUGUCUCCGAAUCAUUGUUCGGUGGUAAUGACGAUCCCAAUGCACCCGAAGAGAGCCGUGGCAAGAAGAAGAAGGCUGCUAAAAUUUUGGGCCCCAUUCUUGCUUUAGUCGCACUGAAAGCCGCCGCCCUGUUGCCACUCUUGUUGGGCGCAAUCGCUUUAAUCGCCGGCAAGGCUCUGCUCAUCGGUAAAAUCGCCUUGGUGCUGUCCGCUGUGAUCGGUCUGAAGAAACUGUUGUCUCAAGAGAAACAUGUCACCUACGAAGUGGUCGCCCACCCACAUCACAGCGCAUCCCACUCCGUCAGCCACGACUCGUACGGCAGCGGCUACAGCGCCGACGCCGGUUCUUCUGGCUCAUACGGCAGCUCCGGUCAUGGUGGCUGGGGACGCUCACUGGAUGCUCAAGACUUGGCUUAUGCUGCCCAAAAGCCACAGGCAUAAGUUGUUUGUAGUUAAGGGGAAGAAUAAGGGACUGUACAAUGACAUUUGGCAGGGGAAUAAUUUGGAGCUUAAAAUCCCAACGACAAACACAUCAACGAUUAGCACGAAAUUCGGACCAGUGGACAGGCAAUACGAUUGGCAGCAAGCAGCGAAAAAGAUUUGAAAAGGCCGCUCUAAACUUUCGGCAUGUACGCAUGCGACCGUUGGGAAAGCGCAGCUGCCAAAGUCGAAGCCCAACUAGACACAACGUGAACGAAAGCCACAAGACACAAAAUUAAACAAAACAAAUCUUAAUUAUAUUAAUUUAUUUGCUAAUUAAUUUAUUUAAUUUAUUACAUACUAUUACAUCCAUGAAAAAGACACAAAAUCGAAACGACUCGUAGCCUUGACCUUUUGGAUCAGCGGAUACACGAAGUAAAUAUAUGAAAAAAUGAUUUAAAGAUAUGAAAGCAACGAAUACAUAAGUACUCUAAAGAAAAGCAUAUAUAUAAAAGAGUUUAUUGAAACCUAAAAAACUACGUGUGUGCAUUUUAUAACUUAAAUUAAUUACAUAUUUGUAUACAUAUUUAAUCUACAAAGUAAUUUAUUUAUUUUGUUUUAGUAAUUUUUCUUUUAAGCUAAAGCUAAAACACAAACUGUUUAAGAUUAUGUAAAAAUUAGCAAACAAAAUGAGAGACGAAGUCGGUACCUUAAUAUAUUUAAAAAUUUUUUCACCCUUUUUGCACAGCAGGCACAACUAACACUUAGCAGUGCUUAAAGGGAGUUGCUUUUAGCAUUUAGGUAGUUUGCGCGGCGGCUCUUUGUGCGCUGACCUGUGCUGAUUGCCUGGCAAGAUGGCGAGCAGCAGAUCAACUAGCUUAACACCUGCCGCAGCGAAUACUUACUAGCUACACAUUAACACGCACUUACUAUACAUAAUAGCACACGAAGUGCAACUAAUUGUUUUUAACUUCACCUCUCUUUCACUUGCAGCUCAAGUUCUGAAGUCUCGAGUACUGGCAUCCCCAGUAAGCUUGCACCGCAACUUAAACUUACUAGAAGCACAAGUACAUUUAAAAUUUCCUAUUUUUUCAACACUUUCUUCAUUUCCAUUCUUCAUAUCUAAUCUGCUCUCACUUAAAGCACUUUCAGCUAAGUUUAACGCACACACAACAGAGAACUCUUUUCGAUACUCACUCAAUUCUCACUCACUUAUUUUUCUCUCGCCUCCAUAGAGGCGCUGUCAUGCUAUCUUUUAAAACUACUAUCUGAGACUAUUCUUGCCACACUUCAGCUACGCUUUAAUACUUCGUAAUAUAUCUUUAGCUUUCCCUUGUACAAAUUGCUUUACUAUUCUUACUUUAGCUCUCACUCUUACAAAUCUAUGUACAAUCUCUACAUAUAAUUUUAUUAAUUGUAAUACUAUAUUUUCAGUUAAAAUUCUAGUCUUACGUAUAAACAUACAAACAUACUUAUAAAAUGCGUGAGUUUGGAACGAAAAAAUCCAUUACUUUUUUAACUCUAUAAUACAACUACUUGAAAUAAAAAUACUCAAUAUGCUUUAAGUACUACAUCUAAUUUCUUAAGUCUGUGCACAAACUCAAUUGAACCUCAAUAUUCCAAAACUCUGCAUUUCACUUUUUUCACUUCACCUUCCUAUCCUAUUUCUUUAACUACUAUACAUUACAAAGGAGUUAACAGUUUCGAUCAAAAUCGCCAUAACUUGCCAUAGGUUUCGAACUAAACUGCCCCCUCACAUUUUCACGUUUCUUACACAUUUUCUAACACCCAACUUAUAUCUCUCUGAACUCUUUCGCUAUGUAUUCCUUCAUACUACCGAAAAACUAUACAUAACUUUUAACUAUUUUCAUUUAUAUAAUCCUCUUUUCUACCACCACUCUCACAUUCAAAUGCUCAGGCUACUCAGCCUCUUUCGUUACAUUUCUCGAACAUACUCAAUCUUCAUUUUCCUAAUUUCAUAAAUCUUAUACUCAUAUCUUUUCCUCUUCUAACUAGCAUUCACUACUUAAAAAUUACUUUGACUUUGCUACAUUUAACUACAUUCUACCUCUCUUGCUCUACUUCGUUUCAAAUUUCUCACCACUAAUUUCACAUUUUCUCACACUUUCACUCUUGCGCACACUAUCUAUACUACUAUCUGUUUCGCUCAGCUUCUGAGUUCAUUAAGUGCUCAUUUACUCAAUCAAUGAGCUAGUAAAUAUCCACAAGUUACACAAUAAAUAUAAUGAUAGUCAUUUAAGUAUUUAUCGAUUUCAUUCUUAUCCUUUUUAAAUGAGUCUACUUUAUAUGUAUAAUACAUCUACAUAAACCUAAAUAUAUAUUUAACAUAUAUAUAUAAAAUGAGAUAAAUGAAGUAGUCCUUUUCAAUCGUAAUGUAAAACGAACUGUAAAUGUUAAAAUGCUAUAAACCGACAAAGAAUAUCUGAUGUAUUCGUAAAUAUGUUGAGAGUAUACACUAAAAUCUCAAAACAAAAAAAAAAAAAAAUUAAU